UCUGUUUCGAUACCAUCUCAAAACAUGAACUCAACUUCAGUGACUGGAUUGGAUUCUUGUUCUGCAAAUUAUUUAUUCUAUCUUACCGCAUAUGAAGACGGACUGUGCCCCAUAGAUGAUGCAGCUCGUUGGACGACUGGGCCUUUCGUUUUACCCUCUCGACAAAGUAAGGAAUACAAUAAUUGUUUGGUCCAAACAAAGUUUCUUCAAAUCUUGUAUGACGGAACUUUCUCUAAGCCGCAUUCUAUUAAAAGUUUUAUAUCUUUUAGUUACUUUUAAUUAACCUGAAGAUGGAGUUAUACUCCGGAACGUAGUUAUUAAAAUAAUUUUUUUGUACUAAGCUUAUAUGGUCUAAUUAUUCAAACACAGAAUGCAAUAGUUGUACUGGAUAGUAACAUCUUCUCUUAGCUCGGGACUAUCACUUAUUUAUCCAGUAUUGCUACUAGAGGAAACCAAGAGUGUUUUUGAAAAAUUACCACUGGGGCAAAGAUUAUUAAAAUUGACCUACUAGAACACAUCCCUGAUGAGUAAAACCAGUGUUACGGCUGUUUAAAGUAAAAGGUGAUCAAACCUUUUUGAUAUUUUACACACGGCCCGCAGACGCAUGAUUCCGACAGUCCAUACUAUUAACAAUCUAUAAUAUUAUUUAAGAAAAGGACACCCUGUAUAAAAAUGUCCCUCUGAUAAAACCAGGAUGGUGUUUAUUUUAUGAUCCAUGUUAGAACUGGCCUAUGGAAAAUCUGACCUUAGCAUAUGCUACAGUUGCAACGGUCUAAAUCCGCCCCGGGCCCGCCGGGGGCGGGCGGCAAUUAUUUUUAAGUACUUUUACAAUUUUACAUAACAUAUGCGAUGUCAGUAUUUGCUCCCAGCGACUACAGAAAGAUUAUACAUUGUACUUCUUCUUAAAUUUCUUCCUUCCAAUCACAAUUUUUGAUGAAAAGCAUACUAUGUAUUAGGUUUUUAGAUAGCCAAGAAACAAAAUUUCAUUAAAUAUGUGAAAAAGUGGGGUGGGGUGAUAAUUAGAUAUUCGUCUCCCCACUCCAAAAACUGGGAGAGAUGCGUCCCCCCCACCCAUCCCCCCAGGAUCGACGCCCAUGGUCUUUCAAUUGUCCGCAAUAAUUGUUAUUUAACUUUCUCUGUAGUAAUCUACAACUCGUUUCGUGUACGAGUUUUGAACUUCAACUCAACUGUUUAUUGGAAACAAUUAGACUCAUGUUCUCUGAAAUCAACGCAGUUCAAUGUCUACUACAGAUCAGAGCAAUCUCAAAACUGGUCAAAGUCUCACUGUAUUGUCAAAACUGACAUGGACAAUGUGUUUAGUUGCGAGUUUCUCACGUGCACAGAAAUGAAGGGCUUCGGUUAUGAAGUUCAAAUUAGGGUUCGAGGCGUACCACCACAGAAUACUGAGAAUGUUCGUGUUUUCUACCCAUCACUAGAAAGUAAGUAUAUCAGUAUAUGUCAGUAUUGUCCUCAGAUUAGCCCAAGAUUUCAACAAAGGACCCCACAUCUCUCAGUUCUAUUUCCGUUAUCUGAUAGAGUUAUCCAGUAUAAAUAAAGUUAGUUUAGUUUAGGUUUCCUCCUGUAGUAACACUGGAUCAAUAAGAGAUGAUCCUUACUGGACCUCUAGGAAGAACAGUUUAGAACUGAUAGAGUUAUUCAGUAUAAAUAAAGUUAGUUUAGUUUAUGUUUCCUCCUGUAGUAACACUGGAUCAAUAAGAGAUGAUUCUUACUGGACCUCUAGGGAGAACAGUUUGGAACUAAUAGAGCUAUCCAGUAUAAAUAAAGUUUGUUCAAUUUAUGCUAAAACGUUUCCUUUCUUUUCCAGACACUCCUGAUCAAAUACCGCACAUCACUAUAACUGCGCUUACGUCAACGUCUGUGCGAGUGGCUUGGAAGCUAGCACCGUCAUUUUGUUCAAGGUUUCCAUAUUGCUUGACAUUUCUCUAUCAUAGUGACUCAGCUGAGAAUAAGGUAGCGUGAAAUAAUGAUAACUCUAUCAGUUGUAAACUGUUCUCCCUAGAGGUCCAGUAAGGAUCAUCUUUUAUUGAUCCAGUGUUACUAUACAGGAGGAAACCUAAACUAAACUAACUUUAUUUAUACUAGAUGGCUCUAUCUUCUAUCAGUUCUAAACUGUUCUCCCUAGAGGUCCAGUAAGGAUCAUCUCUUAUUGAUCCAGUGUUACUACAGGAGAAAACAUAAUUAAACUAAACUAAAUUUGUUUAUACUAGAUAGCUCUACCAGUUCUAAACUGUUCUUUCUAGACUGGGUCCAGUAAGGAUCAUCUCUUAUUGAUCCAGUAUUACUACAGGAGGCAACCUAACUAAACUAACUUUAUUUAUACUGGAUAGCUCUAUCAGUUCUAAACUGUUCUUUCUAGAGGUCCAGUAAACAUCAUCUCUUACUACAUAAGGAAUUAACAACUGUGCCAUCAUCAUCCGGUCCAUAAUUUCGAAUUCUUUAUUGUUCAUUUAGUCAAAAGACACAACAACAGACGACCAAAAGCGAAGUUCAAUCAUUCUCCGGAAUCUUCUGCCUUACACCAAGUACUAUUUCUAUGCCGUCACAUUCCAUUAUGGCCUGUCUUGUCAUUACCAGCCUGACGUUUCCCAUAGUGCAACUGGACCGUUUACUGAAAGAACCUUAGAAGGCGGUUAGCUAAUAAUUUACAUUAAAAAUAAAUAAUUCAGAAAUGUAUCAGAGUCUACUAUGCAUCUCUCAUUUCUCUUUAUUGUCUUUACUGUCAGUACUAGUAUAAUGACAUCAUUUCUAAUUUUAGUUCCAUCAAGGUCCCCAGUUCUAGUGUGUAGUUUGUGUGAUGUCGUUCUACAUGCUAGAAGGCGAGAUGGAACUGUACGAUGGCAAGUAAGCAUCACACUGGCGACAAUGCCAUCUUAUUUUGGUUGUUCAAAUACAUGAAAAUCUUGCAGAAUACUACCUACACUGGACCACCACGUUUGAGAUAUCUUUUUCAGGUAGUUCAGACACAAACCACGACAGCUUAUUGUAGAAUACUACAUACACUGGACCAUCACGUUUGAGAUAUCUUUUCAGGAAGUUCAGACACAAACCACAAAAGCUUAUUGUAGCGGAAUACUACAUACACUGCUGCACCACCACGUUUGAUCAUGGGAUAUCUUUUCAGGAAGUUCAGACACAAACCACGGCAGCUUAUAUUGUAGAAUACUACCUACACUGGACCACCACGUUUGAGAUAUCUUUUUCAGGUAGUUCAGACACAAACCACGACAGCUUAUUGUAGAAUACUAACAACACUGGACCACCACGUCAGUUGAGAUAUCUUUUUCAGGUAGUUCAGACACAAAUCACGACAGCUAUAGUUAUUGUAGAAUACUACCUACACUGGAUCACCAUGUCUGAGAUAUCUUUUUCAGGUAGUUCAGACACAAAUCACGACAGCUUAUAGUGUAGAAAACUACAUACACUGGAUCACCACGUUUGAUCAUCGUCUUUUAGUUGCCGCCAAAAGACAAAUGGAAUGGACUUCCGAGACUUUUUAUAAUUGAAUGGCGAGAGAACAAGAAUCUCUCUGAACCUGUGUGGAACAAUAAAACGAUCGUUAAGCCUCUUGGAACUGACGGCAUUUUAACUGGACUGCUUCUUACGGUCGAAUAUCUUGUGAGAGUGAAGAUGUGUAAUGGACGUGAACGAUGUAGCGUGUUUAGUGGAGAAAUGCUCAUCCAAACUUGGAAUAAAACUAAAG